AUGGAUAGUGUCAUAAGCAGACUGCGGAACACUGUCUCCAAUGCCCUACCCGGGAAUCAAGUCACAAAAGAGUUUGAUCUUGAAGAACAAGUUGGCUCUUCUGGACCUGGUCUUUUAUGGAAGCUUUUCUCGUCAACUAAAAGGACUUCAAAAGAGGCUGCCACAGUAUGGAUCUUCGAAAAGAAAGUACUUGAUCGUUUCGCUAAGCGCGAUAAAGAACUUGUUGUUGAAAAGUUGAAAAAAGGGGUUGCAGCCCUGACUCGUUUUCGCCAUCCUCGGAUCCUCUCAGUUGUUCAUCCUUUGGAAGAAUCUCGUGAUAGCCUUGGAUUUGCAACUGAACCUGUCUUUACCUCUUUGGCAAAUGCCCUCGGAAAAGUCACUAAUCUUGCUAGGGUGACCGCAGAAAGGCUGAAUAAUUUCAAGUUUACUGAAACUGAAUUGAAAUACGGUGUUAUCCAGAUCUGUGAGGCGUUAGCUUUCAUCCACCGGGAAGGACAUCGAUUCCAUUUAAAUGUAUCGCCGGAAUCAAUUGUAGUGAAUCGUCUUGGUUCAUGGAAGCUCUGUGGGUUUGAAUUUGCCUGCGAAGGAAAUGAGGGAGGCGGUGUUGACAUUUCCUCUUGGCAAUCCUCCAUCCCUUCGCUUUGUCAACCGCACCUCGACUUCUGUGCCCCUGAAGUCGCCAUUGAUGGUAGGGGAUAUGCGGCUAGCGAUAUGUUCGCCGUGGGACUGUUAAUUCAUGCUCUUUACAACAAUGGGGUGUCGCUUCUCGAUUGUCAUGAGUGUUAUGGCACCUAUCGAGAAGCUAUUAAAAAGUUGAAGCCGCUUUCCCCACACGCCCUUGCUAACGUUCCACUGGGUAUUCGAGAUUACGUGAAGAUGCUCCUACAACUGGACAUUGAUAUUCGACCAGAUGCACAUGAAAUUUUGAAACUGCCCUUCUUGGAUGACGCAAAUGUGGCGUGUUUGAAGAGUCUUGAUGACCUCUACCAGAUGGAUAACCUGGCUAGAUCGAAGUUCUAUAGAAAUCUGCCUAACUCUAUCAAAAACUUACCACAGCGAAUUAACUUGCACAGGGUCUUUCCCCAACUGUCACAGGAGUUUCAAAACAAGAGUAUGAUACCAUUUGUACUACCCUCGAUCCUUCAAAUAAUCGACAUAGUUAGUCGUGAAGAUGUCGCCAUCUAUAUUAUGCCACGGUUUAAGCAUAUCCUUGCUGUCCAUGAACCCAUUCAGGUAGUUCAAGUGUUGCUGCAAAAUUUGGGCAUCCUAGUGGCUAAACUCUCACCUAGUGACUUCAAAACCUACGCGCUGCCUGUCCUCAAUUCCGCCCUCGACUCAAAUGCCACUCCGAUUCUUGAGCUUUGCCUACGAAGUCUACCGGAGGUGGCCCAACUAAUGGACUUCAGUGUUUUGAAGAGUAGCAUUGUGCCUCGUCUCAAGAAGGUGUAUCUACGAGUGGAUCUUGUCAAUAUGCGCUUGGAGAUACUGGUGUGCAUAGCUAAGUUGCUUGAGUAUUUGGACAGAUGGAGCGUUAUGGACGACAUUCUCACAUUCCUAACGGAAAUACGCUCUCGAGAGCCAAAAAUCCUUGUUGCAGUAUUGGCAAUCUAUCGGAUAGCCUUUAGUCAUAAGAAAUUGGGCAUCUCUCGCGACUUUCUUGCUUCCAAAUCCAUCCCGCAUUUGCUGCAGUUGUCGAUGGACUACAAUCUCACGCCGUUGCAGUACGUGGCAUUUGCUGACCUAGUGAAGGAGAUGUUCACCGCCAUUGAGACAGAGCAACGUGCCAAGUUGAUCGAAUUGCACAGUCUUGGUGAAGAUGCUGCAGUGUUGGUCUCACCAUCGCUGAAUUUGGAUGGAACGGCCUCUGAAAUGAUUGAUUCUAUCAUGAUGGCUUUGGCCGGUGUGAGUAUUUCACCCAAACACGUGAUUUCUACUACUGAGGGUGAAGCCAAGAAUGUAUCAACGGGGGAGCAAAAUUCGGUACUCACGCUUUCACUUCAGCCUCAACAGCAGUAUCGAAGCUUGGAGGCAAAGAAACGUGCUACCGCUGACAUGGAACAAUUGGAGCGUCUGAAACAGCAGCCCUGCAUACUAAAACCUGAGGCGCCUCCAGCACAGCGCCCUAAGCCUACGCCUACCGAUCUGACGGGCAAGUUGUUUGAUUUGACUACUUCUAUACCUUUAGAUGAUCCACCUACAGAGAUUGACACUCAGUUGCUCCUGCCGCCUUCUGUGGUACCACCUAAAGAGGCAUAUGCGAUCCUUUUAGACUUGUUGAUCAAUUCAAAUCUCUCCGUUGAUUGGAAUCGAACUGUCAACCGAUCUGGCUUUACACCGAUGUCCAACACCUCCACUUCCAUUGGUAGCAUUAGUGACGGUUUCAAGUCUCCCCAACCGCUUAACAAUUUCUACUCUACUCCCAUCAACACAUCAUUGAAUGGAGAAGGUCUAUUCUCUAGUCAGGGAAAUAAUCAAUUACCUCCUACCAGCACAAUGUACGGACGUCCCAAGGCUCCCCCGACUCUCAGUCCACCGGUACAAAGUGCUCAGAGUAAUGCCACCACCCUUUCCCACCUCGACAUAAUGGAUAUUCUGGGUUGA